AAAAAAAACUAUCACAAGAUAGGAGCUGACCGAACGAGCUGGUCUGAGACGAAACUCUCCUAAUAUUGACAGAUAAAUUAAAAAAAAUGCGUCUUUAUGUUAAGUUUCCUGGUGAGCUGCAGGAAUCUUUGAUACAUAUUUGAGAACAUCGUGGAUUUGUUGUGAGGAUUCAACCUCGGGCCAAACAAGGAUAGCUCGACACUAAUCAGCGCAAAUCUGCUUUGAAGUUGAAACACCAACACUUUUAUUGUCUCAAAGGCAUCAUCAGGAACCAGAGGAGGGUCAACAUCUUCUACCAACGCCCCCGAAUCCACUGACAGCCAGCCGGGGUUGUUUUACAGCAGCAUCCGAACAUGGAAGAGGAGGUUUUUGAGCAGGUCGUGUCCGUGUUCGGCACGCUGGUGUCGUGGGUGGCUGCCGGGGCCAUGGUGUUCGGAGGGGUGGUCCCCUACAUCCCCCAGUACAGGGACAUCAGACGGACCCAGAACGCUGAGGGCUUCUCCACCUACGUGUGCCUGGUCCUGCUGGUGGCCAACAUCCUGAGGAUCCUCUUCAGAUUUGGUCAUUACUUUGAGACCCUGCUGCUGUGGCAGAGCAUCAUCAUGAUCGGCACAAUGCUCGUCAUGCUGAACCUGUGCACCAACGUCCGCAUGGCUGCUGAACUCAACACCAAGAGGCGCUCCUUCCUAGCCACAGACAUUAAGGACGAGGAUAUCCGAAUCCCUAAGAGGUUCUUUCUGGACUUUGACUGGAACUACUUCUGGUCAUGGAGUCGCUUCAUGGACUACUUGCAGUGCGUACUGGCCUUCACCCUUGUGGCGGCCUACAUCACCUACCUCCUCCUGGACUCGGCGCUGUUCGUGGAGACCCUGGGCUUCCUGGCUGUGUUCACUGAAGCAAUGCUGGGUACGCCACAGCUGUACUGCAACUAUCAGAACAAGUCCACAGAGGGCAUGAGCAUCAAGAUGGUGCUGAUGUGGACCAGCGGUGACACCUUUAAAACCGGCUACUUCCUGCUCACACAGGCUCCUGUGCAGUUCUGGACGUGCGGCCUGCUGCAGGUCUUUGUGGACUUAGCCAUCCUGUUCCAGGUGUACUACUACAGCCGCUACCCACAGAAACCCGUGUCCCACAACACCUCCCACACCACGAGUGCCAAAGCCCUUUGAGAUCGUCCACACAGACUGUUAUAGUCAGGCCAGAUGAGCAGCACGAGAAAACAGAAGAACCAAAGUACGUUCAGAUUUACCCACUACUGAACGUUAAGACAAACCCACUUGAACAUGGCACUGAUGUGGUGGUGGUACCACCGAACUUGUUACACGCAUUUUUUUUAACUUUCCAAAUGACUUCUUCUCAAUGAAGUAUUUAAAUCAAUGCUGUCAUGUGGCAAAUGUUUUGCACAGACGUGAACAUUUAGGUAAUAACUGGACACACUUAAGUUCAAGGAUUCAUGGACCGGUUUUUGUUGUCCAUCUGUACUGACAAUUGUUGCAUGAAACCUCUGCCUUAAAACCUGCACUUAAACAUGGCUUGCUGCAUGACCAGCAAUAGAAAUAUCUUACGAGCCAGUCAUAAACAACCUUAAUAAUCCAUGUUACUGAAUGUAUAAAAUAGUAAAGUAUGUCGAUGUAAUGCUUCCUGGACAGAUAUGGUCCUGAGACCCACAGUGUUGUUGGAUAAUUACUAGAAAAUGGACGGCAAUCAAACCCAACUGAACUGAAACUUGUUUUCAAGACUUGGAAAAAAGUCAGGAACAGUAGUGGCCUUGAGAUUUUAUGACUCAUGAGGUGAACCAAGCUUUGUGAGAAAAUGACACGUUCCCCCUUUUUUUUUUUAUUAAAGGUAUUUUUGAUGGCACGUGUUUUUUAAAAGCUUGAAGUGAGGACAAGUCAAUGGGAUUCGAUUUCAGGAAAACCUUGCUUCUCCUGAGGGUUUAUGUGUUCGCUGCAUGACAGGUGCAGGAGUGAUCCCUACU